AUGCCAACAGGAGCGCUCUUUGAUCAUGAAGCCGCCAAAAAUGAGGCUCUUCAACAAUACAACCUCGAUACCGACACAGCUCACGCCAGCCAAUCUGAUCCCGAAGCGUCUGUAAGCGGAGAGAUUAACGAGCUAGCUAGACGCCUGACAAGUCUGUCUCAGCACAGGGCUCAGGGCCAAUCCCUGUUCAUUGACGCCUCUGACAAAACACUCAACCCCAACAGCACGGAAUUCAAUGCUCGAAAAUGGGCCGCAGAGUUCUACAGGGUUCAGACGCAGGCCCUUCUAGGCAACGCUCCAAACACCGCUGGAUUGGCCUUCAAGAACCUACAUGUGUACGGGCUGGGAACAACAAUGGACUAUCAAAAGACUGUCGGCAAUUUCUUCCUUGAAGCUACAUCCCUGCUUUCGCCUUCAAAGAAGCAACAACGCAUUGACAUUCUUCAUGGCUUAGAAGGGGUUGUUCAGAGUGGCGAGAUGCUUGCAGUUCUUGGUCCUCCAGGGUCUGGUUGCACAACCUUGCUAAAGACGAUUGCUGGAGACACGCAUGGCUUUUACAUCGCCGAUGGAGCAACCCUAAACUACCAGGGCAUCUCACCCAAGGAUAUGCAGACUACUUUCAAGGGAGAGGCAAUCUAUACGGCUGAGUUUGACCACCAUUUCCCCUACCUCACAGUUGGUGAGACGCUAUACUUCGCCGCGCGCGCACGAUGCCCACAGAACAUGGAUCUCCCAGAUGGCAUCUCAAAGCAUCAGUAUGCAGAACAUUUAAGAGACGUCGUCAUGGCAAUGCUUGGUAUAUCUCAUACCAAAAACACACGGGUCGGAGACGACUUUGUCCGCGGUGUAAGUGGAGGAGAGCGAAAACGCGUCAGCAUCGCCGAGGCGGUUCUAAGCUAUGCACCUCUUCAAUGCUGGGAUAACAGCACAAGAGGCCUUGACUCUGCAAAUGCAAUCGAGUUUUGCCGGACCCUUCGCAUGCAGGCAGACAUUUUUCGUUGCACUUCUUGUGUUGCCAUUUAUCAGGCACCGCAGGAAGCGUACGAGCUGUUCGACAAAGUUGUUGUUCUCUACGAAGGGCGGCAAAUCUACUUCGGAAAGGCGGCAAACGCCAAGGCAUACUUUGAGGGAUUGGGUUUUUGGUGCCCUGUGCAGAAGACUACGCCCGACUUCUUGACUUCCAUGACGAGCCCCUCUGAGAGAGUGAUCCAGCCAGGCUGGAACGGAAAGCCACCACCGCGUAGUCCCGACGAGUUUGCCCAAGCUUGGAAGGAGAGUCGAGAUCACCAACUGCUUUUGAAUGAGAUUGACAGCUUCGAGUGCAAGUUUCCUCUAGGUGGAGAUACUCACGCGCAGUUUCUUACAACUCGACGGGCCCAGCAAUCCAAGCACACCCGUCCUUCUUCACCAUUCACACUUUCAUAUCUUCAGCAGGUCAACCUCAAUCUCUGGCGCAGCUUCAAGCUCCUGAUCAGCGAGCCAUGGAUGACUAUUACCAUGUUGUCGACCAACUUUUUCGAGUCGCUCAUCAUCUCGAGCAUUUUCUACAACAUGCCUCCGACCUCAUCCACCCUUUACAACAGAAACCUCCUCAUCUUCUACACUAUUCUUAUCAACGCCAUGGGCAGCAUCUUGGAGAUUCUCACACUCUACGGCAAACGAAAAAUUAUUGAGAAGCAUGCGCGAUAUGCGCUUUACCACCCUAGCAGCGAAGCAGUGGCCGCUAUGCUUGUUGAUCUGCCGUACAAGUUCUUGAACGCUCUUUCUAUCAAUGUUCCGAUUUACUUCAUGACGAAUCUUAGACGCGAAGAUGCAGGGCCGUUUUUCUUCUUUUUGCUGUUUUCUCUCAUGAUUACAGUUUCCAUGUCGAUGAUCUUCCGUUUCCUUGGGUCAGUCACCAAGACAGUGGCACAGGCAUUGGCGCCCUCGUCAAUUCUUCUUCUGGCGCUCAUGCUUUUCAGUGGGUUCGCCGUCCCGCAAGCCUACCUUUACGACUGGAUUGGCUGGCUGCGCUGGGUCAACCCUGUGUUUUACGCUCAAGAGAGCCUUGCACUCAAUGAAUUCGUUGGUCGCAACUUCAGCUGCGCUGAGUUUGUUCCAGCCGGCCCAAACUACAUCCCUUCAUUGUUACAGUCAAAUGAGCGUAUCUGUAACAUUGGUGGCGCAGCACCGGGAGCCGAUUUUGUCAGCGGGGAGGAACAUCUGCGCGUGGUAUACGACUUUUACAGCAGUCAUCGUUGGCGCAACUUUGGCAUCGUCAUCGCGCUCACAAUAUUCUUUAUGUUCCUUUACCUUGUGGCCGUCGAACUGGUAUCAUCAGAGCGAUCGAAGGGUGAAGUCUUAGUAUUUACUCGCAAUGCCCUGAAAAGAGUCAAGAAAGGAACAAAAGAUGUCGAGAACACCUCAGGCAACAUUUCACAGCCGUCGAACCAGGAUCAAAGCGAUAGCGAUAGUCCUGACCUGGCGAAGCAAACCUCUGUAUUUCAUUGGAAAGAUGUCUGCUACGAAGUGAAAGUCAAGGGUGACACUCGUCGGAUUCUCGAUCACGUUGAUGGAUGGGUCAAACCAGGCACCUUGACUGCGUUGAUGGGUGUUUCGGGUGCUGGUAAGACCAGUCUCCUUGAUGUCCUAGCCAGCCGCGUGACGAUGGGGGUUGUGACUGGACAAAUGCUUGUUGACGGCCAUUUACGCGACUCCUCAUUUCAGCGCAAGACAGGUUACGUGACCCAGCAAGACCUUCAUUUGCAUACUGCAACAGUGCGAGAGGCCUUGAGCUUCAGCGCUCUUCUACGCCAGCCCCAGCGAUACAGCCGUGAAGAGAAGUUGGCCUAUGUCGACACUGUCAUUGACCUCCUUGGUAUGCAAGAAUACGCCGAUGCUGUUAUUGGCGACCUGGGCGAGGGGUUGAACGUCGAACAAAGAAAGCGUUUAACAAUAGGUGUUGAGCUUGUAGCGCGGCCACAGCUUCUCCUCUUCCUCGAUGAACCUACGUCAGGCCUAGACAGUCAAACGUCCUGGUCAAUCUGCGAUCUGAUGGAGAAACUGACGAAAAACGGACAAGCUAUCCUUUGCACUAUUCACCAGCCUUCUGCGUCACUCUUUCAGAGAUUCGAUCGGUUGCUCUUAUUGGCUGAAGGCGGUCGCACCGUUUACUUCGGUGAUAUCGGGAAGGAUUCCCAUGUCUUGAUCGAUUAUUUCAACCGCUAUGGUGCUCCCGCCUAUAAGCCUGGGUCAAAUCCUGCGGAGUACAUGCUUGAAGUGAUUGGCGCUACUCCAAAAUCCCAUACAGAAAUCGACUGGCCAACAAUAUGGCGUGAAAGUCAGGAGUACCAGGAGGUUCAAGGCGAACUUGCAAGACUCUCUGGGGUCCGCAACGAGAAAAGCAUGGAAACAAGCUCUGAUGUUCAUGAUACCUCUGCAUACGCAGAGUUCGCUGCAGACUUCCGAACGCAAGUCCAGCAAGUGACGACAAGGGUUUUCCAGCAGUAUUGGCGUAGCCCCUCUUACAUCUUCUCGAAGUCAGUUGUGACUUUUGGCUCAGCACUUUUCAUUGGUUUAACGCUCGUUGGUAGCGAGAACUCUCAGCGCGGACUCCAGAAUAAAUUGUUCGGCGUGUACGUCUUCCUUUUCAUUUUCACGCAAAUGGUCCAACAAAUCAUGCCUGUGUUUGUAUCUCAACGUAUCAUGUAUGAGGCUCGCGAGCGACCUGCGAAAGCUUAUUCAUGGAAAGCCUUCAUGGCCGCUAACAUCAUCGUUGAGAUGGUGUGGAACUCGCUCAUGUCCGUGUUCUCCUUCUUGUUUUGGUACUUCCCAAUGAGGCUUGACCGCAACGCUGAAUGGACCAAUUCGGUGCACUCGCGUGGAAUUACAUUAUUCCUGAUUUGCUGGGCCUUUUUCUUGCAUACCAGUACCUUUGCUCACCUCCUUAUUGCUGGUUUGAGCAGUGCAGAAGUGGCAGGCGGCAUUCUCAACUUACUGUUCAUCUUGAUGUUUGCUUUCUGCGGUGUCUUGGCCGGACCAACUGACUUACCUGGUUUCUGGAUCUUCAUGUACAGGGUCAACCCUCUGACAUACAUCGUUGAGGGGUUCCUUAGCGUGAGCCUGGCGGACGCUCCAGUCACUUGUAGCUCUAAUGAGCUCCUAGAUUUCGAUGCUCCAAGCGGCAGCACAUGCGGCGAGUUCCUCGCUCCUUAUAUCGAGAGCAACGGCGGCUAUUUGAUUGAUGCCAACUCUACUUCUUGCCAGUACUGCAGCAUGGAGGAUACAAAUGCUUUCUUAUCGAGCAUGAACAUGAGUUUCGCCAACCGGUGGCGUGACUUUGGAUUUAUUUGGGCAUACUGCAUCUUCAACGUUGUUGCUGCGGCGGCGUUGUAUUGGAUUAUGCGGGUGCCCAAGAAUGAUUUCAAGAAGAGAAAAUAG